AUAACCUCAUUAAAAAAAACAUCAUUUUUGAUAUUUUUUUAGACAAAUUUAUGUCUAUUAAAAAUCUUAGUAUGUAAGUGUUGAUUACAAACCGUUGUUUCUAAACUAGGAUUUGAUUAGUUUGAAGUUCCGGUUAACUUAAAAAUGUUCAAGAAGAAAAGUGAGCUUUCUUUCCCUCCUUUGCCUGUGCCUCCAACAAACGAUCAAAUAAUAGAGGAUAUCAAAGGGGCUGCCACUAAUGAUCCAGUAUUCGUUGAAGGUUCUAGUAAGAAAAUGUUUGAGGAAUGUUCAGAACUGGAUUUAAAAUUUGAAUCAGUCAAGGAAUUUAUUGAAGCUAAUCAUACGCUCAAGAACCUAUUAAAGGAAACUGAACAGAAGUUACAGGAAGUUCAGAAGAAUCGUGACGAGCUCAGAGAAAUGGCCGAAUCCAUCAAGUUGAAAGCUGCUAAAGCUUUGGAAUCAUGAUGGUAAAUGAAUUAUUUGAUUUUAUGUUGUUAAUUAAAAUAUUUAUUUUGAUCUUGUUUUA